AUGUUCAUACAAAAAGAGAUCGAGAGGCAAGGUCAAUAUAAGUACCUCGGAAUAACCCUGUCCGAUAAGCCUAACUAUCUCCAUGAACAUGAUUUAGUUCUGAAGAAAAAGGCGGAAGUGGCGUUGCAAAGAAUGCACGCACAAUGCCUAUGGACGUUCGAUGAAUUCGAGGUUUCCAAGAUCCAAUGGAAAGCCACAGCGGUCCCGACGCUGACAUACGCCAAUGCGGUAGCCAACGAGUUCAUCCAAGGAGAAAUAGGCUGGUCGUCAUUUGAGGCAAGAGAAGCUCAGAGCAGGAUCCGAUAUUUCACUAGGAUAAGUUCAAUGGAGGCACAUAGAUGGCCGAGAGCGAUCCUGUCAAUGAUGGCACCGACCGACACAUACACCGAGGCAGUCAAACGUUUGAAGAUCCUACGUAAAAAAUACCUUGAUGGGGAAAUAACCGUGGUAUACACUAACGGAGGACGUCCACUUCUAAUCGGCACGUAUAACAAUAGAAGAGGUAGUACCCUACUCGCACUUGCGAGAGCAGGGAUGCUACCGACUCGAAAAUACCGCAGUAAGUUCCAAAACAUCCACCCGUACUGCUGCUUGUGUGGGAUGGAGAAGGAAACUAUCCGGCACGUGCUAUUAGAAUGCACCCCACAUCACCUCAAUGAAGAGGAACUCCGUAAGAAGUUGGGACUCCAGGAGCUCCUGGACCGUGGAGUGCUGCGAAAUACCAAGGAACUACUAGAGCGAUGGGAGAAGGAGACCCGACCGAUCUGCUGA